UGAAUGCAGCCCACGCCGCGGCACGCGCCGACCGUGAAGGUAGCGUGGUGUCAGGUGCACUCUGCUGGCCAAUUGGGGCCCCAGCCAGGUGCGACCACGAGCUGCGGUGACGUCACUGACCGCACGAAAAACAACCAACAAGGUGGAGACGAUGGAGAGCAAGCAGAGCCAGGUGCUGAACGCAGAGCGGGUGCAGGCGCUGGAAACCUGGCUGAGAACGACCGGCACCAAGCUGACUCAAGUUAACGGCCAGAGGAAAUAUGGAGGACCGCCAGAGGUGUGGGACGGGCCGGCCCCAGGAGCCCGCUGCGAGGUCUUCAUCAGCCAGAUCCCGCGGGACACCUACGAGGAUGUGCUGAUCCCGCUGUUCAGCUCCGUGGGGCCCCUCUGGGAGUUCCGGCUCAUGAUGAACUUCAGCGGCCAGAACCGCGGCUUCGCCUACGGCAAGUACGGCUCGCCGGCUGUCGCCACCGAAGCCAUCAAUCUGCUGCACGGGUACGUGGUGGAGCCCGGCUUCCGUCUCAGCGUCCGCCGCAGCACCGAGAAGAGACACCUCUGUAUGGGAAACCUGCCGGCCGCCACCCAGCAAGAGGAACUACUGCAGGUGCUGCGUGUUCUGGCAGAGGGGGUGGAGAGGCUGUCCCUGAAGGCGGGGCCUGGCAUAGAGGGCGUGUCUGCUAUUGUCGUCUUCUCGUCCCACCACACUGCCUCCAUGGCCAAGAAGGGGCUGGUGGAAGCAUUUAAGAAGAAGUUUGCGAUCAACAUCUCAGUCAAAUGGCAGUCGGCCGCGAAACCGAGCCCGGACGAGCAACACAAACUUCCCAAGAGCCUCGUGCCGUCCCCCGUGAAGCCGCCGCGCCACAUCCUGCCCGCUCAGCCCUCGGGCCCGCCUACGCGCCUGGCCCGCCCUCAGUCCACCCCGCUGGGUUUCUGCAGAGCAGUGGGAGGACCCACUGCCCCCCCGCCCCCCAACGCCACCUUCCAGGGGCCCCCAGCGCCCGCCUUGUCCCCUGCGACGCUCCUGCGUACGCUGUGCGAGGCGAAUGGCGUCGGCCAGCCGCUCUAUGAGAUUUACUACAGCCACGCUGGGCCGGAUGGAUUCCUCUACUUUACCUACGAGGUGUGCGUCCCCGGGACGAGCACGCCCUUCAGGGGGCUGGUCCCGAUCUUGCCGGGACCCACGGCCUCCAGCAUGUGGGAGGAGGCCCAGCGGGCCGCGGCCCAGCAGGUUCUGCACAGGAUGUACAGUAAUGAGUUGGCUCACUGACACACUCAGCAGAUACACACACACAUGUAUAAAUAUAUACAGCACAGUUUGCUAUAUUAUGUUAUAUCCAAAAAAAAA